AUGUCGACGAAAGUGGCAGAUGAAGAACGAUUUGAAGACAACACAUCCAUUCAGCAAGGAGAUCUGGUCAAAGAUGCUCCAGGUGGAAGUGUACCAAAGGUACAUUUCAAGCUGUGGCAGACCUUGGGCAUGAACUUCUCAAUAACGAAUACCCCGAUCUCUGUGGGAGCAUACCUAUCACUUAUCAUCGGUCUUGGAGGUUUUCCAUACUACGUAUGGUGCUUCAUCUUCGCUGGAUUCUUCCAGCUGAUUCUUGGAUUGGUGGUUGCAGAGAUUGCUUCUGCUAUGCCUCACUCGUCCGGACCCGCACAUUGGAUAGGGGUUCUGAGUCCACCCAGAUACGCCAAGAAGAUGCAGUAUCUUGUCGGCUGGCUAACCAUUGCCCUCUGGUGGUUCGUGUCAGCAGGAAACAUGCUGUACUUAGGCCAAUACGUCGCUGGCUUCGCAGAAGCUAUGAACCCUGGCUACAAGGCAGAUACGUGGCAAGUCUACUUGAUCGCAAACGCCUUUGCGCUCCUCAUCACGAUACUCAAUUUACCCGGCUUCUUCAAGCUGACACCUCAUCUCAUGACGGCAGCGGUCGUUGUCAUCAACGCUACCUGGAUAUUCGUCUUCGUAGCGAUGCUGGUGCGAGCGGAGCCGAAAGCAACCGCUCGUGCAGUCUUCGUGGACGUGGUCAACGAAUCCGGUUGGUCCUCAGACGGUCUGGUCUUCUUCCUGGCGCUUUUACCGGGACUUCUAUCGAUCAGCGGCUUCGACUCCUGCACCCAUAUUACCGACGAGGUUCCUUCGCCGAGCAAGGACAUCCCAAUGGUCAUCAUCGGUUCAUCACUCUUGAGUGCGUUUACUGGAUUUGCCAUGAUCGUGAUGUUCUCGUUCUGUACAGUCAGUCCUGAAGGCUUACUGGAUCCAUAUGGUCACCAGCCUCUUCUGAAUGUACUGAAGGACGGCCUGCGAUCCGAUGCUCUAUUCUGCAUCGCAACGACUGCAAUAAUUUUGACGAUAUUCGUUGCAACACUGGCCACUUUCACCAGCUGGAACAGACUAUACUGGUCCUUCUCCCGGACGAACGGUCUGCCAUUUUCGGCCGCUACCUCGAAGCUGGUCUCCAAAGAUCGCAUCCCUAUGAACGCACUGAUAGUCAAAUUGGUGCUUACAGUUGCCCUUGGCGCCAUCGGGAUCGGCUCGUUGACCGCUUUGAACGCAAUCUUCGGCUCCAGUGCAAUACUUGCUCUUCUGUCCUAUCUUUUGAAUCUGAUUAUGGCAAUACUCCGUGGGAGAGAAUCUCUCAACCCAAACAGAUGGCUCAACCUUGGGCGAUGGGGGCUACCACUACAAGUUGUUGCUGCUGUUUGGUGUGUCUUUGCAUCAGUAUGGCUUUGCUUUCCGCUAUAUCUGCCAGUGACCCCUGAUACUAUGAAUUGGACUGUGGUGAUCGCGCCGGGCAUCGUUAUACUGGCUUUUGGCUAUUACGCCAUCUUCCGCAAACGGAUGAAUGAUCCAGAUAUGUAA